GCGCUUCCUUGUCUUUCGACGACUCUGACUCCCCCACCUCGCUGCCUUGCUUCGAAUUCUCGUCUUUACCCCGGAGCCGCAUCCAUCGCACAGCAAGCAAUCUCCUUCAACACCCACCAUGUUGUCACCCACCCAAGACGACCUUCCGCCGUUACCCAGGUUCUCGAGACGGACGAUGAAGGCCCAUGGUCCACGGCCAUGCAGCUGGGCGUCCAAUCGCUCUAGCCUCAAGCCUGACCUCGAACACGAAUCUCAAUGGCCAACACCUGUAGACUGGUGCCCAAGACUGUCGAGGAUGUCGACAUCAUCAUCGUUGUCCUCCAGAUACUCUGAGUCGACCCAGUCACAUCGGUCCUCGUGCUCCCUUGAUCCACCUCCAUAUUACUCGGUCGCCCAGGAGAGACGUCAGAGCAAGGCAGAGAAACCAAAAGGCCCUCGCCGGCUCCCAACACCCCCAGACUCCCCUGCCAGACGAACAUCAUUCGUCCGACCUCUCCCACCCCUGCCACCACUAUCCGUCAACGUUUCGCUUAAUGCCAUGGAAGGUCGGGAAGCGCUCUCACCAUCAGAGCCAGCUUCGCUUCCUCUUCCGCAUCCAUCACCGGAACCACCUUCUCCCUCCGACGAUAUCAUCGACUGGGACCUGAUUUAUGAAGCCCUGGGGUGCGCAUGAUGGCGACCAUACAGUGAUUGGCGGGUUUCCUGGCAAAAGGGGUUGCCGGAGGUCGCAUACAUACCUCCUUCAGUAUUAUUAUUUUUGGAUAUCGCUCUAUUUUGCAGGUUAUUAACUCCGUUCUCGAUGUACGAGUACCCAUAC